UCUAAGUCCCCUUAUCCUGGGUCUACCCAAUAGGGCAGGUUUAGCGAAGAGCCAUGCCUGGGCACAGAUUGAAGUGAAUUUAUCUGUCAGAAGUCAUACCCUACGGUAUUAUCCUCUCCGUCAACAGCAACCCGACUCUUUUCCAUGGACUCUCUCACAUUGAGUGACGACGAGAUCGUCGAACGCUGUCAAAAUUGUGACUUCUACCCCUCACAAUUACUGAGCGACGAGUCGAGUGGCCGCAAAAUCUUGAAAGUGUCGGCGGAUGUCGUUGUGAAAUUUGGACCUGGGGUCACGCACCAGGAGGCAAGUGCACAGCAACUUGCUUUUCAAAAUGUCAAUCAUGUCGUACUUCGUAUACCUCAAGUCUAUCGGUUCUUCACCAGGCUAGAUUCAGAUUGUGGCUUCACCGGCUAUUUGAUCAUGGAAAACAUUGAAGGCCUAACACUCGACCAGAUGGAGUGGAAUGAUCCAAGGCUACUAGAGCGCAUCGUGGCAGGUUUGAAUGAGUUACAUGCUAUUCGGUCAAAAUACCCCGGACCUGUCUCCGGUGGAGAAGCACACGGGAGCUUGUGGUCAGAGUAUGGUUCGGGAACUACAUUCCAACACGUUCGAGACCUGGAGUCGUACAUAAACGACAAAUUGGCAUACUUCCAAACCGCGAUUUCUAUGUCAGACGAAGAUCUCUGCCUUUGCCACAUGGAUGUGGCCCCACGAAACUUUAUGAUGGAUCUGUGUGGUAGAUUGUGUCUACUUGACUGGGCAACCGCCGGUUUUUUUCAUCGUUACUUCGAACUGUGGGCAAUUGAGUUUGCACAGCACGUUAUGGGAACCAACUUUGGCCCAGAACUUCUGCAAAAACUCAACGCAACUCCGACAGAGAAAGAAGGGAUUCAAAAACUGAAUCUCGUGUAUCGAUAUAAUUCGCACUAUACAAGUUAUCGAUUAUCGGAUAACACUGACAGUAUUAUGGCAGCUGUUGCUAAGGCCAGCAAUCCCAGUACUGCAAUAUCCAGCUAGUACCAUUCACCUUUUUUCAUCUCGAGUUUUACCGGAUUUUGACCCUUCGAAUAAUUGAACUGGAUGACGCAGGCAAUAUUCUGUGCCGCAUUUGCAGUUGUGAUCAGUUUCGCUUGGAUCCAGUCAUUGAUGACGGUCAAGCUAGAUCACUGUCUGACUCAAUUGGCCGCCUGGAACGACAGGGCCCAUGGUAUGAGCAACAACCCUCACUUUGGUGACUGUAAUUUGUGGUAUACUGCUACCAGUAGCGGCCGACAUUAUACAAGUGCUUGAGCAAUCGACAGGUUAGGGUUGAGGAUACAGGUCCCGUUUGGCAUGCAGAGACAGAUCUUGUAGCAACAUAAAUGAAUGAUCCUCCAACACACAGACUCGACUAUAAUGAGCUGCUCAGUGCUCUGGUGCUGUGGAAUCUGCACACUACUACCUUUCUCGAUGUGGCAAUCAAUGAUUGGGCCAAAC